AUGAACUCCAUUAUCCUGGUGACGGUCUUGAGCAUCCUUGAAGGGGUUGUGGGAAAACUCCCCAUGUCCCAUUCACCGAUGCCCGAUUGGCGGUACAGUGAUCACCACUACACCAGCGCCCAGUAUGCCAAGAUCCUGGGGGAAUCCGGCCUGGAGCAGGACAAGGAGGACAAUGGCUUGAAUCUGAACGCUCUGCAGAUCCAAUAUGUGGACUAUCAACCGCAUUGCAUGCCCGGCGGCAUUCCAGUUUGUGCCACAAAUGGCACCGAUAACUUUUACUUUGAAAACGAAUGCCAUUUGGAGGCACACAACUUGAAAAUGUUAUUCCAACACGGAACUGAACUGGAGCCCACGGAUCUGGAGAGGUGUACUCCACCCUGUCAGGCCAUGAAAUGCACGAAAAUCAAUCGUCCUGUUUGUGCACUGGCAGAAAUUAUUAACUCGAAACCCCAAACUUUUGUCAAUGAAUGCGAAAUGAAGAGAUACGGCUGUGAAAGAAAAUUGGUCGUGCGUAUUCUGCACCAAGGUCCUUGCCAAGUUCCCACCAUCAGACCAAGAAAGCCAAAGAAUCAGAGACGUAACAAACCUAAACGUCCUGCCAAAAGCCGGAAAGAAGAACCUCAAAAAAUAUAUAUACUCCUGGCCACCACCACACCAAAAAGCAAACCUUUCAGAACCCAUAGCCCCGCUAGAAGGAUCACCACUAGGACGACCAGAACCCCCAGAAUCACUACUAGUACCACCACUAGCACCACCACUCCCAGCCCCAUGAAAUUUCAACAAAUAGUGAGCUUGAAACACCCCAUGGUCUCCGUUUCCAGGGCAGAAACCGCCUAUAAUAUUUACAACAUACCCGAUGUGGGUGAGGACUACGAGGAAAUAACCGAUUCCACUCUGUCCAUGUUUGUGCCAGAAGUGGGUCGUGUCACGGCAGGAUAUAGUAGCACCACCACAAGUACGACUAGUACCACUAGCACCACCACAGAGAAUCCUUUAAAAUUAACAACCACCAGAGUGCCCAGCUCUACGGAAGAGUAUGCAACCACGGAAAAGAGUGACCAAAGCACAACAGAGUUGCCAGAAAUAGCAUCUACGGUCUAUGAAAGCAGCACCGCACAAUCAAUGGAAAGCACCACAGAAAAAUAG